CGAACUAAACACCUCAUGAAUACCGUUGGGAUUCUAAAACCCCAGCACGUUCCCUGGAAGAAACUCCUAUACCUCAAGCAACCAUACCCCGACAACUACAUUGAUGAGUCGUUUCUCAACCAGCUCAAACGAAACGAAACAGUCUCCCAAGUACCGUACUUCAAACUUGUUCAGGACUUUUCUUUGAUAGUAUUUCACGUGAACAACUUGGUAUUCGUGAUUCUCCUAUUUGCAGGCAUCUACCACCACCACUGGGACCCGUUUUACGCCACUGCCGUCAGCACCGGCGUCUCACUACUCGGGUAUGUGCUGUGGCGGCUCUACCUAAAUUCUGGUAAGAAGACUUCGUCUUCCAUCAAGCUGUUUGUGCUCAUCAUAUUUGUGCUUUCAAUUCUAUCCCCGGUCCUCAAAUCGUUGACCCGCUCCACCGCCUCCGACUCCAUUUGGUUCCUUUCGUUUCUCCUCACGUUUGCUAACUUGAUUUUUCACGAUUACGCCAUCAACGCAUCUGGUCGUCCUUAUAAACCUAUCAUCUCCACCAACAUGGCACUUUCCAACGCAUUGGUCCUAGCGUCACGGUUCUCGUCCGCGUAUCAGGUAUUCUGUUUCAUUUUUGUGGCCAUCCAAGUCAACAUUUUACUUCCACUCUUUGACUUUUCACUACGAAAGUCGUUUCCUUCCUCGCAUUAUCAUAACGUUCUUUUCACAGGCUUGCUCAUGGUGGUGUAUACGCUUUUUGUGCAAUUAUGUGAUUAUAAACUCAUGUUUUUGUACAUAUUGGCACAAGUAUGUAUCAUUUUUGUGCUUCCUGGCUAUUUCAUUUUCCUACAAAGGUACAAGAACGAAAUUCUGGGGCCAUGGGACAUCGCUCGGCCAGUGUUUCGCUCGUCUUAAUUUGCAGCCACUUUACGAAAACUGCACCCUCCCCGCAUAUUCAGAAAACGAAUUUAUAAUUAAUGAAUGAACAUCUACCCAGUCUU